AUGAGUGAAUCAGAUGGAUACCAGAGCGACGUCUCCCUUGAUGAAGAUGACGAGGAGCUCAUUUGGAGAGUCUUCUACAGUCCACUAGAAGAAAAAUCUAAAGGCACCGAUACCUACCAUGACGAGGAGGAAGAUAUCUCGGACUUGUCAGAUAUCGACGACCAGGAGCUUGUGGCUAGAUACAAGGAGCUCAAAAGCCAGGAAAAUGCACCAAUCAGCGAAGACGAAAAGCGUCGUUUACUCAUUACGUCGUUUACGGAGGACCAAAUGGAGCGAUUUGAAGCCUACAGACGUAUGGCUGUCAAUAAGCCUGGAGUGAAGAAGAUCUGUAACAGUAUCUUGGGACACUCCAUCCCGCAAAAUAUUGCAAUUGUCAUGGCUGGUCUCUCCAAGCUGUUGUUGGGUGACAUCAUCACCAAAGCUUUCGAGGUUCAGGAGAGAGAGUACAAGGCACAGCUAAUAAUUGAUAUCGAGGCCAAGAAGAAGCAGAAACGCGAGACAUUGAAAAGAUUGGCAGCAGGCGAAGACUGUUUCGAGGCUCCUAGCAAGAAGUUGGAAUAUUUGGGUGACCAGCGCAUGCCUCUACAGCCAGAACACAUCAGAGAAGCUUGGAGACUUUAUAGACUCGAGAGCAGUGGAGCAUUUCUGUCGAAGUGGCGGACCCAAGGAGAGGGAGAUGGCAAGAUGUUCCGAUAA